CAACGGCAAAAAAAAGACAUCCCCUGUCUACUGUCCUCAUGGGGGUUGGUUUCUUGUCCACUAUCCUCGACCAUCCCCUCGACCAUCCUCCACCAUGUCGACGACGACGACUAGCACCAGCCCUCCUCGUCAGCCAAAGAAAAGCAAAGUUUGGACACUCUGGGAUGUGGAUGGCAUCGACAUGGCCCGCCCUGACACUUUCAUUGCUCGCGAAGGUCUGGUUGAGAAAGCAAUGACUUUGGCCAAAGAGCAUUGCUUUCUGGUGGUGGGAUCACCUCCGGGGACUGGCAAAUCAUCUCUGUCGCAGUUGAUGCUAGAAGAAAUCUUGAAGGCAAAUCGUGAAGCAAAUCGUGAAAGGGGGAAAAUUACCGGAUUCUAUCUGCGCAAGUCAUCGAAGAAAGAAGGGUUUUGUUUGUAUGAAUACGUAAAAGAGAAAACAGGGGUAUGCUUUGACAAUAAGACUCUUGGAGAAGAGGUAAAGGAUUGUUCGGAGGUCUGGCUUUUGUUUGAUGAUGCACAGAAACUGUACCUGGAAAGUUGUGACGAUUUCUGGGAGGAUGUUGUGAAGGAAAAGCAGAGGAAGCCAUUCGGGGAAAAAACAACAGUUAUUGUUGUUGUUUUCGCAACAUACUACCUUAGUCAUGAGAAGUCAUCGCCAGUCUGUUUCAAAAAUCAGGCGCGUCUUCGCUUGUCCGAUUUACUGUUGAGCAAAGACGAAGCUAGAAGUCUCUUCGAACGUCGCUGCGUGUACCCACGGUGGGAAAACUAUUUCGACAGACUCUUCUAUUUGACCAGUGGCGCCGCUGCUGCUUUCACCAUUGCGAUGAAUCAAAUUACGCGUCGCAUUCAAGAGGGGGGCCACAACCGUGAUGAGGAAUUGUCCGAAAGCGAGGCUGUGGAAGAUUUGGUCGAGAAAAUACCACUUGACGAACUGAAGCGUUGCUUCCCUGUCGGAAAAGUUGAUUCUGUUUCCAACGCAGCCAUCUUGGAUGCUAUUGUUAACGCUUACCAUGUGGACAUGGGCGAAACAGCAGUGCCAAAUAGGGAAGAAGUGGAAGAACAACCCGUCACAAGAUUGAUCAAGGCUGGAAUUCUAGCAGAAACAGGGCGAUUUACAAGUCCUUUUGCUCAGAGAUUCUACUACCAGAUUGUAUUCCCACGUGCUCCAUCCAGCGCAGAUCUACCUCCAACAUUAGACGAACUGAUUAUACAGGCAACCCAGAAAUUGUCUGCUCGCCGACUCCGAGUAGCACGUCAGGAAAUAAAUGGUGUUCCAGCAGCUGUUUCAUGAAGCAAUGGCAUCAUUGCUACCAGUGUCUUAUCGCGUCAUUCCGGAACUCGGUACAAAAGCUGAGAUGCAUGGCAAGACUGUCACAGGAGAGUUGGAUUUCUACAUCAGGAACGGCCGGAAGUGGGCGCUGGAACUUCUUCGCGACGGAAAGGAAUUGAGGGAGCAUCUUAGCCGCAUCCCUGGAAAGUACAGGAACGCAGAGGCAACUUCUUGGCUCGUUGUCGACUGUCGCAUGAAUGUGACACCAAGGAAUAAGGAAGAAAAUCUGUGCAUUCUGGUUUUCGAGGAGAACUACAGGUCCUGUCGGUGCUACAUGCGUUGCAAAGAGCCAAUGACUAUCAAACUGGCUGCUUGAAACUCUUCGUAUGUCAUGUCGUAUUAUUUUGAUCUACCAUGCUAUCCAUGUAAUAACAAUGGAAUAAUCAACUUGUUAACUCC